GCGAAACUCUCCUGGUAUUUGAUCAAAUCGUUGAACUAUCCAUAAUUACACGACUGACAAUUACGGCUGGCAAGAUGGUUAUUGUCCCAAGGGCGUGACGGAAAGAAUAGCUAAUUGCUACACAAUAUAUAAUAUGCGGUGGUAUAGGAUUUGAAAAUGAGCGAAUGAUCAUUCAAGCGGUUCAACAUCGGUACCAUAACAAGUGUCCAUGUAGCUCUAAGCCAGGAUCAUGUAUAGCGUGAACUGGUUGCUAGCUCUGUUCUUUCUAAAUAACUCUAUUAUCACUACGUGCUGUGAGAAACACAACAAGAAGUUGGACAAGAAAUGGGAAGCUUUGCGACAGCCUCUUUUACGAAAGAAAGCUCUUGUGUUGUCAMAAAAACAAAUGCUAAAUGUACUGGGACUUGAAGAGAUACCGAAUCAUAAUCGCCGCAUCCAACGUCCUCAUAAGUUUAUGCUGGAUUUGUAUAAUACAUUGUCUCGUGGGACAAAACGAUGGAAAGCUAAACGUCCAGCGAGGGGUAUUAUCAACACUGUACGUGGUGUUGUCGACGAAGAAAUUCACGACAGGUCGCUGCUUCAAAAGGACCAUCAACUUUACGUGUUCGACUUGUCCGCAAUCCCACAGAAGGAUUUAAUUGUUUCCUCUGAGCUGAGAAUCCUCAGACGACMAUUACAAAAUAACGAGGAAUUURUGUCGGAGUACGGAACAACCUUCAAAGCUGUURUAUACAUGAAAAGAAGAGUUCGUUUCACUAUGGAUCAAAUACCAUAUAGUUAUCCUGGCCUUGARACCUUGGAUUCCUUCACUUUUGACAUUACGGACAGCGAGGAUAGGUGGAACGUCCUGACUGUCACUAAAGCUGUACAGCUCUGGCAGCGAUCGUUCAACAAAAUACAYCAUCUACAACUCACUGUACAAUCACUGUUAAACGGAAAGCUUGUAAACCCUGUAAAUUUAGGAUUUAGCAAAGAGAAUAGAGUUCACAGUAAUAGAGCACUUUUGGUGGUWUUCUCAAACGACGACMAAGAACAAACUCAGUCAAAAAAUCAACAAUCAUUGUCAGAACAUUAUAUGGAGGUUGCGUAUUCCGAUGACAUUAACACAAGGGUAAAACGCAACGCGGGGCGCGGAAGACGUAAGAAACAUCAAUGUCGCGUUAAAUCUCUACCGGUGGACUUUGCGCAACUAGAUUGGAAUAGCUGGGUCAUUGCACCCCAGGGGUAUGAUGCAGGGAUAUGCGAGGGUGUUUGUAGAUUCCCAUUGGAAGUACAUCAAAGACCGAGCAAUCAUGCUACUGUACAAACUAUUCUGAAUACUGUGGAUCCGUUAGCGGUUCCGCCGGUAUGCUGCGUUCCUAAUAAACUUGGUUCUCUUGGUAUAUUGUACACUAAUCCAGCGGGUGUAAUUGUAUAUAAAACUUAUAAAAAUAUGAUCGUGGAGCGCUGUGGCUGCAGUUAGUAGGGAAUGUCUACAAAGAAUCGCCUAUUUGGAGAGCGCGUACGAAGAUGACCUUAAAUCACACCGACAAGUGGGCACAACUCGAUUGUGUGACCGUGGCUMCAGAAGUUAAUUCGGGAUUUCUUUUUGUGUCAGGAAAUGAAUGUCAACAUGGCAUUGAAGUAAAACGCUUACGUCUCGCAACGAGAGAUGUGAUGAGUUGGCGAUCUGGUGUAGCACGUGCUAAGUGACCGGGCCGCGUUUUAGCCCUUCGUCACCUCAUAUGUAUAUGGUUAGCCUAAAGCAACACUAAGUCUUCCAGUAAUUUAACGCCUAAACUCUUAACUCUUAGAAAUCAGGAGAACGUCGAAAAUGUAAACGCGGGACGGACAUAGGAUAAAGUCAAGGCCGACACAAUACAACGGCAAAUAAUCUUAGAUGUAUUUACUCUACUACGAUCCUUAAGGAAGCAGAGACGGUCUUAAUCUUAUUACUCAUUCAAGAUGGAUAUUCCAAGGAGAAAGAGAUGAACUGGUCGAUUAACGCGGGUUACGAGUGAUCGGACCAUGGGGGGUACAACAACACUUAUGAUUUAACUGGGAUAAACGAACCGCUGUUUUUAACUCGCUACUAUUUGAACACGUAACAAUGAUGACUUCACAGAUGAAGGAUUAGCCUGCUGCGUUAGUCUUUAAUGCCUGUAUAGUUAACAGUGCUUAAAAGCCGUGAGAAGACGUGCCGACUUCAUCUGUGCCAUGCGUCUUGGCAUGCGUUAAAACUAGGGGUUAGCGCUCUAAAUGUUGUGUAUACAAGACCUAAUCAUACAAAUAUUUCAACUUGAAAUUUCACCAACGGAUUUCCAUAAAACAGCGCUGGUACUUAUGUUAAGGAAGUUAAGCCAUGAUAAACCUUGAAUUAGGUGAAAACUAUGUGCCAUACGCAGCUGUGUUGAUGUAAGAACGGUUAUUAAUAUAACUUUUAUUAAAUCAAUGUAAAUACUUGGACRGUUAUUUAUUCGUGAUAGUAUCAUUCACUGUAAUGUGUACUGAGACUCCAUUAUACUCACUGCUAACAGGAACCAAUAUUAUGUCAUUGGUCAAUUAAUAUCUUUCAAAGCUUUACACUGAUUAGCAGCAGUUUGUAAACCAUUUCCUUCGUUUCAGUGUAAUUAUAACCUUUAUAMSUUAAGCUUAAUGACCAUAGUUGCAGAAUCAUUUUAUGUAAAUGAGCAACRAGAUGAGCUUAAUUUUUAAAAAUGUAUACAAAGCAUUAUGCUGUCAAAAUCGCUCAUUACGUCUCCCAAAUAAAAACUUCUACUUGUAA